AUGCGGCAUGGGAAGAAGCGCCGCCGCCUCCCGCUCCUGCUUCUCUGCCUCGCCAUGCUGCUCCCCCGCGCGCUGCUCGUGCCAACCGCCUCAGCAUUAUCGUUGCCGGUGCUGUGAGCAGGGUUCGACAACUACGUGCUGGUGCUGCAGUGGCCGGGCACCAUCUGCCGCCAGUCCACUCAUUUGGUUUCCGUGUACGUUUUCUGCAGAUCGAAGCCCCUCAAAUGGUUCACAAUCUAUGAGCUCUGGCCACAUUACAACCAUGGGGGAUGGCCAUCAUGUUGCAGACCCGCCACAUUCAACAUCACCAAGAUCUUAAUGUUGACACCGAUACUUAAGAAGUACUGGUCGUCCUUGUACUGUGGUCCUUCUUCAACCUGCUUUGGUGGAAGGGGGCCAUUUUAG